AUGGAGGCGGUUUUUCAGGGGAAGAUACAGCGGCUGGAGCAUCAGCUUCGGCGCUACACAUACGCCUACGACACACAGCGUGAGCUGCUGUUUGAGCUACAGGCCAAGCUGCAAGACGUGGCGAAGGCGAACCAAACGAGGUGCGCAAAGCCAAGGGAAGCGGGGGUGUCGGCUGCUCUGUACUUUCUCCGCAAAGACGAUGAGUUCUGCCGGCGCCUCUCGGAGGUGCUGCACCAGCAAGGGCCGGUUCCGCUGCGCGAAGGAGAAAGCAGCAAUAAGAACGGUAUUACUGGACCGUGGGGUGACGAAAAUAAUUGUGCGCCAUCGCCCCCCGAGGCUCUGAUGAGCAGCAACAGCACCGAUGAAGACGAUACACCACUGCACCCAAAUGCAGCAGCACCAGCAGCAAUGUCCGCGCAGCUCACCGCAUCCCUCGCUGUCGCCGCCGCCGACGCCGCAUCCCGCUUCUGCGAGGUGAUGCAGCGGUUGUGGUCGGCGUAUUUCACCCACAUGCACAAUGAGGUGCGGGACUUGCUGCAGGAACUCGACGGCGCCUUCGUCGCCUUUGAUGCGGACCCGUGUGAGGUGACACUUGCUGGUUUCCUCGAGAUGCACCAGCGGCUGCGUCCGCAGCUCAGCAGCCUCCUCGGCAUGCAGGAGGAUGACGGUUUCUCGCAGCAGGGUCGCGGCCACGACAGCGGCGUAGCUGUGCUACCGCCAGGGAAUCCACUUGAAGACGAAGUGGCGCUCGUGCAGAAUCUCUCACUGUGCAUUGCGGAGGCGACAUCGCCGCUGUUGGCUAUUGCGCUCCGAAAGAGCAGCAUCUAUAACAGUGGCGGACGGGAGGAAAGAGCUCUACCGGACAGGAAGCAACACCAUCAUUCUGGGGCUAUGAGGGGCACCUCCUCCCCCGAGUCAAGGGCACCAGCAGCGCUCGUACGCACUCCCCCCACACACGCUGUCCCUCCCAGGGCGACCGGUUCUGCGGGUGAGAAGUACAACUCGCGCGUGGCACGGAACGCACAUGGUGGAGACGAUGCCGUUCAUGGCGGCGGCGGCGAGAGCAUCAGCAGCAGGAGCCCCAGNCCUCACACUUUGCACGGCACGCUCACACGAUGCGACCCCUCCUUGGUGCACACAGAAGAUGACAGCGAGAAAAGGGACGAGUGUGGAAACGGGCUGAAGCAGCGCGUGGACACCCCACUGGUCGUCAAAAGCUGCCAGGUGCGACGGCGCCCCAACGACAGCUCGCAGAUGGAGGCGGCACUCCACCCUGGUGGAUCUCUGUCGCUGUCGAACCGAAGCGGAUCCUAUACCUGCCGCGGCUCCGUCGCCAACACCGACACUUUGACAAGAACAACGGAACAACAGCAACAACAACAAUCAGGUAAGGUGGAUGGCGAGAAUACCGAAGAUGCUGCAGUGGAGACGCUGGAUCCGUUUGUCCGCCUGCGCCAUCUUCGGCGGCAGGAGGAAAAGGUGUCGUUCCAGCUGGUAAACUCCGUGGCGCAGCGACACGACCACGGUUGUGAAGCAAAGUACUACGCUAUGAACAAGCGCCUCGCACGCAUCCGCAGCGCCAUUGUGCGCACCGAGCGGGAGGUGAAUGAGCUGCAGCACAUCGAGGCGGAGAGAAAAGCACUGCGGCAGGAAAGUGCGGCACGCCAGCGGCAGAGGGAGCAGCGCUGA